AUGUUUGUGCGCACUUCAAUUGCCGCUUUGGCUUCAGCAUGGGUUGCCGCAGCCCAGACUUCUUCCCAGAACACCACUUACCGUACACAUGCCGCCUUUGCCUUUGUGCGCACGGGAGAGCGAACCCCCUUCCUCAGCAAUGGUCCGCAGACACUCACAGCACUUGGCGCAAAACAAAUGUACACGCUUGGCGAGAACUUCAGAACCAGGUACAUUGCUGGCGACUCGCCCCAGAGGCUCGGGGUCCAGCGCAUUGCAGGACUGUCGGUGGAUACCAUAAACAAUGAUCAGAUCUGGGUGCAGACACUGGACGAGCCGUAUCUCAUAGCGUCUGCGCAGGCCUUCAUGCAAGGCCUGUAUCCUCCUCGCAACAGCUCCACCGGCCAACUUGCAGAUGGAACGUCUGUCGACUAUGCCUUUAGCGGAUACCAGUAUACCAAUAUCCGGAGUGCCAGCCAGUCAGACCCAGACUCGAGAUCCAUCUCUGGAUCGCUGAACUGCCCUGUGGCGCAAACGGCUGCGCUGAACUAUUUUAGCUCUCAGGACUUUAGAGCAAUGGAGUCGGCAAAUGCGGAUUUGUUCGACAAGUUGGACGUGAACUGGUUCAAUGGCACACUGCCGCAGUCGUUCUUGGAUGCGCGCUCUGCUAUCGAAAUUGAUGAUUACCUGUCGUACCAGUAUGCACACAACUCGACCAUGUUUGAGCUUCUGUCCGCCAACAACACCAACCUCACGGGUGUCUACGCCCAGCUGGGCUAUCUCGCCGACCAGAUUGCGUGGAACGUGUACGGCAACACGUCUUCGUCGGCGCGCGCCUCCAACAACCAAGCCAUCAGCGGCAAGACGCUCGCAGGCUCCCUGCUCAACUCGUUCCGGACGCGUAUCGCCUCGCAACUCAGCCUGAGCGACGGCGCCUUGGUCACGCCUUCACCACCGCUGUCCCUGUACUUUGGCGAAGAAGACGCUAUGAUCAGUCUCGCCGCACUGCUCCGCCUAGACACGCAAUCCCCCUACUUCCGGACUAUCCCGUCUUACAGCUCCGCCAUGAUCUUCGAGCUCUUCAGCGUCUCAAACUCCACCACUACCGACGCCACACAGAUCCCCACCGACCCAUCCGCCCUCUGGGUCCGCUUCUCCUUCCACAAUGCCACCGCCGCACAAAACAACCCCCAACUCACCGCCUACCCCGUCUUCGGCAACGGGCCCUCCAACACGGAGAUUCCAUGGACGGAAUUCGAGCCUCUGGUCGCCGCCAUCGCUGUAAGCGGCGUGGCACACUGGUGCGACAUGUGCAGCAGCGAAACCAUUUUCUGCACCGGCGUCCAAGACUCCAGACCCGAUUUCCCAGAUGCACCGUACGGCGGCAGGAGACCGAAGAAAGGCGAUGACGAUGAUGAUGAUGAUGAUGACCGCCGCGGCUUCAACGCCAAAGCCAACGCCCUCGCUCCCGCCGUCGCAGGCGUCAUCGGCGCCGUCGUCACGCUCGUCGUUGCAGCACUCGUCUUCGCACUCCUCAUGCUCUGUGCCGGUCUGCGCUUCCACCGCGUGCACAAGCAAACCCCCAAUCUCAAUUUCCUCAAGCGCAACAAGCCUACCACUGCUACACUCGGCGGCUUCAAGGGCUCCGCGAAAAUGGCGUCAGACCCGGAUUUGGCGCUUGCGCAGAACGGUGCUGCGAUGCCGGAUCCGGUCAAGAAGGCGGGACACGAGCGAGUUGGUAGCUGGGAGUUGAAGCAAAAGGAACUUGGUAAGGAUGUUGGUGAGAGGAACAGGGAGAGUCUGGAUGCCGAUGAUGUGGUUCCGAGGGCUGUUGAGCCGCGGAAUGGCGUUUGA